AUGUCUGAAGCUAUUGAUAUUACACCGAAACAAGACGGAGGUGUCCUGAAGAAGGUGAUCCGAAGCGGUGAAGGCAUCGCUAAACCAACCACCGGCACCACCGUUAAAGUUCACUAUGUUGGAACACUCCAAUCAGAUGGAUCAAUGUUUGACUCGAGCCGUGAUCGUGGGGAAAGAUUCUCUUUUGUUCUUGGACGUGGGCAGGUUAUCAAAGGAUGGGAUAUUGGUGUUGCGACAAUGACACAGGGAGAACUUGCCGAGUUUACGAUCCGUUCAGACUAUGGAUAUGGCGAUUCCGGAAGCCCGCCGAAAAUUCCUGGUGGUGCCACUUUAGUGUUCGAAGUUGAAUUGUUCGGAUGGAGUGCGGAAGAUAUCUCGCCCGAGAAGGAUGGAUCGAUUUUACGAACCAUCAUCGUUGAAGGAUGCAAGAACACAAAUCCGAAUGAUACGAGCAAGGUGAAUGCUCAUAUUGUCGGAACCCACAACGGAAAAGAAUUCUACAAUCGUGACGUCGAAUUCUGCAUUGGUGAAGGAUUGGAAGAACAUCUUCCGGAAGGAGUUGAUCGUGCGCUUCGUCGAUUCCAGCUCGGCGAGAAAUCAAAAAUUGAAAUCAGCGGAUCGCGAUUCACCUACGGAAAUUCGCCACCGCCAGGCACUGACCUUCCGCCGAACGCUCCCCUCGAAUUCACUAUUUUCCUUAAGAACUUUGAAAAGGUGCCGGCGACAUGGGAGAUGACCGCGGAACAAAAAUUGGAGGCCGCGAAAUCAGCGAAAGAAAGAGGAACCAUGUUCCUUCAGAAAGGCAACCUCAGACUUGCCUACAACAAAUACAAGAGAAUGGAGGACGUUCUCGAAUAUGAAAGAACAACGGACCCAGAACAAAAAGAGCAGCGAUCGGCCCUCCUUCUUAGCUGCUAUCUGAAUCUUUCACUUGUCACCUCAAAACAAAAUGAACAACUUGAAUGCGUUAAAUGGUGCGACAAGGCUUUGGAAAUUGCGCCGAAGAAUGUGAAGGCGUUGUACAGAAAGGCCGGCGCUUUGUUCGUCAUCGGUGAAAUUCGCGACGCUAUGAAGCUAUACGAGACCGUUGUUGAGAUUGAGCCUGACAACAAGGCUGCUGUGCAGCAAAUUUUGAACUGCAAAACAAAACUUCGCGAACAAAACGAGCGCGAUAAGAAGCGUUUCAAGAACUUGUUUGGCAAAAUCGCCGAUGAACCAUUGCCAGGACCUAGCGGAAUCAACGAAAUGGAGGAGCCGCAACCAUCGACCAGCAACGAGAGCAUCUCAAACGCCUAA